AUGGCGCCGGGGCCCGGGGCGGGGCCGGCGGGCGAGGAGGCAUGGACGCUGCGACGGCUGGCCGGGCGCGUGGUGAGUCGCCUCUCCACCCGCUGGGGACAACCGGCCCCCGCCACGGGCCCCGCGCCCCGGCACCAGGGCGACUCCGCCGCCGCGGACGCCGCCUCCACCUCCACCUACAGCCUGCCGGCCCACCGCCACCCCCGCAGCGUGGUGGCCGCCUCCGACCACAACACCACCGACUCGUCGUACAGCGCCUCCACCACCGACUCGGUGGAGGACGACGAGGAGGAGGACGAGGAAGAGGAGGAGGCGGAGGCGGAGGCGGAGGCGGGGGCGGGGCCAGAGCGCGGCGCCCAGCAGACCCUGGGUCGCGGGCGCAGGCAGGCGAGUUCGGCUCCUGCCCCUCCCCGCCCGCGGCGCCGCGCCACGCUUCGCCGGCCGCCGCGGCCGCCGCCACCUUCUUACGCCGCGGGCCGCGCCGUCGCCGCCGCCGCCGCCGGCUCGUCCGCGGUCCGCGACGACCAAGCGACCGGCGACGGCGCCGCUGCACCGUGCCGCCGCCGGCGCCAACCCCCCGCAUGGCGGUCGGCGCACUUGCCCUACGUGCUGCACCAGCGCGCGCGCCCGCGCCGCGCCGCGCCGUCGUUCCGGCGCUGGCGUCGGUCGCCGGUCGGCGGGCGCGGGCGGCGCUGGCGCAGCGUGCCGCAGCCGCAGCCGCUGCACGAGGAGCCGUCGCGCGCGCUGUGCGCCGCUUACGCCUCCCACGCGGCGCUGCCGCACGUCCUGCACAGCGAACCGACGAUUGAUCCGGCAUUCUGUGCUGGUAGGCUGGGUGCUUUUGGGCGUAUUCAACAGACUGCUGAUGGAGUUGAUGACAGCGAAAAGGCCUGUGAAGACAAUGGCGUUCUUGCUGGGAGUGGUUUUCGCCAGCUAUGUGGGGAUCUUCGGGGACCUCCAGGACUUCGAAGAGUUGUUCUGGGAAUGAAUUUCUUCCUACCACACGUACACCUGGUUAUAUUUGCAGCUGCGUCAUGUUUACAUGCACCCGAUGGUUAAUGAUCUCACCUAACAAAAUAAUUGUUAAACAGCUUUUGCUGCCGUUCAGGGAAUUGGUGUCUCUGUAAACGAUCGAAGCAGAAGGAAAUGUGGACCAUGCGAUACGGUGCCUGUAACGCGAUUUGUGCAGUUCAUCGAGGCGUUUAAAAGGAUCAUAAAAUAACAUUGCUACUAUUU